AUGAGUGACGGACGAAUACGGUUAAGUGGAAGUCAGUACAAGAAACGUAGGUUGGAUAAGGCUGAGAGAGAACGUAGUAUCGUAGAAAAAACUUUUAAAAUUGAUAGUUUCUUUAAUCAACCGAAAGUUGUUAAUCAACUAAAUAACUUUGAAAAACCAGCCAUUUCCAUUGCUGAUUCUUCAAAACAGCUCCUUCCCAUUACUGGUUCGGAUAAUAUCAAAAAAAUUGUACCAACAGCUUGUAACAUAGACCCUAAUUCUAAUUUCACCUCAAAGUCCCUAGAGCCAACUACUUCGUCUUCUAUUACUAAUAUCAAUCAAAGUAAUAAUUUGGCAGUUAAUUCUAAUGUGAUUGUAAAGGAUCCAGCUUUAUGGGUAAUAAACGAUGCUACACUAUCAGAAAGUUCUGGUUCAGUGUUUUGUGUUCCUUGUCAAUUAUUUGGUGGAACUACAAAAAUAGCAAAAGAAGGAUUUGACGACUGGAAGCAUGGCAAUGAUGCAUUGAAAAAUCACGAGAAUUCUUUUGAACACAAGUCGUAUGUUUUAGAAAUGAAAAUGAGAUCAAACACUCUUGGAAAAAUUGAUACACAUUUUUCUUGUCAAAUAGACACAGAGAAAAAGUACUGGCGCAACGUUUUAAAACGGGUUGUAGCCACUGUCCGUGCUUUGGUAACUGCAGGUUUACCUUUAAGAGGUCAUAUCGAGAAGUUUGGUUCGUCAAGCAGUGGUAACUUUAUAAUGUGUCUUGAACUUAUUUCUGAAUUCGAUCCUUUUUUGGCAGAGCAUAUAGCUAAGUACGUAGAUUCAAGUCCAGACAUAUCUCAUACUGAUCAACUUGCAGUGAUUGUGAGAUAUGUUUUGGAAAAUGGACAUCCUGUAGAGAGGUUUCUGUGUUUUGUUCCGAAUGCUGGUCAUAAAUCAAUCGAACUUAUUGAUGCUGUUGUCACUGUGCUUGUGGGUUUUGAUAUCGAUAUUGCAAAUUGUAGAGGUCAAUCAUAUGAUAAUGCCAUGAAUAUGUCUGGAAAAUAUGCCGGAUUACAAGCUAGAAUUAAUGAAAUUUCUCCAAAUGCUAGACAUUUAACACAACGUGAAAACAGAACUCUAAAAGGCUUGUCACAAACACGAUGGUCAGCUCGUUAUGACGCGUGUCAGAGUCUUAAUAAAGAUUGGAAUGAAGUGAUUGAGGCUCUUACAUCAAUUGCGGAAGAUGAAACAGAAAAAUCUUGUACUCGAUGUAAAGCUUCAGGUAUCCUCCGACAACUACAACGUCUUGAAACAGCUAUUCUUUCUUCAGUAUGGGAUAAUUUAUUACAGAGAUUUUAUUUUUCUAACAAGAAGCUCCAAGCAGCUGACAUUGAUCUUUAUACUGUAGCAGAACUAUAUGGUUCACUAAUAAACUAUGUUGAAAGUAUUAGGAAAACUUUUGAUACCUACGAAAAUGCUGCUCUUAAAAAAUCAUUUGUUACAGAAAUAGUUGCAGAGUUAGAACGUCGAAAAGCAGUCUAUGAAAAGUUAAGCACGAGUUUUGGUUUUUUAACUAAAGGAAUUACAAUGGAUAAUAAAACUAUUGCUAAAAAUGCUACCAGAUUAAGUAAUGAAUACAAAGAAGACUUGCCAGAUUCAGAAUCGUUUCAAAAUGAAUGUCUCCAUUUCUUUGGAUUUUUAAAAAAUUUAAAUGAACCUCCAAGCACUAUUCGAGAGAUCUGCAAAAUGAUUUACGAUAAAGGCCUUCAAGAAUGUCCUAAUAAUGCAGGCUCUUCUUAUUUUAAUUAUAAGCAUACUCAUAGUAUUGUUUUACUUGGAAUUUGUAAUGCCAACUAUUGUUUUACAUAUGUUGAUAUUGGCGCUUAUGGUCGACGUAGUGAUGGUGGCAUUUUUAAAGAUUCUCUCAUAGGUCAAAAGUUUUAUAAUAAUGAAAUGAAUUUACCACAACCAAGACCUUUAACAUCAAAUGGAGAAUCAUUACCUUAUGUUCUUGUUGUGGAGAUUGUUCAAGCAAUUGUGUGUCUUCACAAUUGGAUACGAAAACAAGACAUAGAUGUAAAUCAAUAUGUAACGCCGACGCUGAUUGAUAGAGAAGAUUCCGAGGGUUUUAUUCCUGGUUCUUGGAGAGAAAAUAUACACAAUAGUGCCUUAAUAAAUAUAAAUAAAACUGGUAGUAAUAAUUGUUCUCGUAACGCUAUGGAAAUUCGUGAACAAUUUUGUAAAUAUUUUAAUAACGAAGGAGCUGUAUCGUGGCAAUAUGACCGCUGCUAA